AUGGACGGAGGGAGCGACGGCGUGCACGUCCCGCCGGAUGUGCGGCGCGUCAUUCUGCGCACCUUUACCACGAAGCACCACCUUCAGAUGCGUGCGGAUGCUGUGCAGUUUGUCUAUGGCACGCUGCAAGCGCACGAUCUGCUGCAGGAUGCAGCCGCAGCGGCCGAAGCCGUCGAGGCGCUCGCGACCGCGCUCGUCGAGCAGCACGUCAGCGGCGCGCAGCUCUCGGGCUUUGACGGGCUCGUGGUGACACGCGAGAUCCUGCAAAAGAUGUACGACCAGCUGCUGGUCGAGUCUGCCGAGGGCGACGCGCCGAGCGCCUCGGCGCGCGUCACGCAGGGCGACGCGCCGGGUGUCGAGCGCUAUCUGCAUGUUCUCGACGCGUUUUCCAUGCCGCGCACCGUGUUUAGCGCGUCGCGCAAAGUGUUCGAGCGAAUCGAGCGCGCCCCGUCGCUGCUGUCCGCCCCGAGCGCCCCGAGCGAGCACCUGGGCGAGCGGUACGAGCUGCUGCGGAGCAUUGUGAUGCGCAACGAGCACUUUCUGCCGCCGCUCGCCGUCGGCCCGGGCGUGCGCGAGCGCCAGUCGUUCAUGAAGCUGACCACGACCAAGAACCUGCUUGGUCGGCACGGGCAGUCGUGUCUCUUGUUUGGGCGCCUGUCGACGAUGCCGGAUGGCGCGUACGCGCUCGAGGACAGCGAAGGGAGCGUCGUGUUGGACCUGAGCCAGGCGAUCGCGGGCGAAGGCAUCUUUACCGAAGGCGCCUAUAUCCUGGUCGAAGGCGAGUACACGCCGGACGAGCGCCUGCGUGCGUUUGCGAUCGGCCAUCCGCCUAGUGAGAAUCGGGAGAGUGCACGCGCGCUUUUUGGCCAUAUCGACUUUAGCGGUGUCGGCGCCGUUCCCCAAAAGCAUGUGCCUGCCCUGCGUGCGCAAGAAAUGCAGCAUGCAGACCUGUGCAUGGCCGUCUUUUCCGAGGUCCACCUCGACCACGGCCCGUCGCUCUCGAAUUUGCGCGCAAUCUUCCAGGGCUACCACGAUGCAGACUUUAUUCCGUACGUGAUUGUGCUGUGCGGCAACUUUAGCGCGACGCCGGUCGAGGCCGAUGGCGAGCAGCUCGAGCGCUACCAGGAAGGCUUUGCGAACCUCGCCGAGCUCCUUCUGCGCUUCCCCCGGCUCGUGGAGCAGACGCACUUUGUGUUUGUGCCCGGCCCCGACGACCCUGCGGCGACGCCGGUGCUCCCCCGUGCGCGUCUGCCUGCGCCGCUCGUCGAGCGCUUUGAGCGGCGGAUGCCUGUGUCGUUCUGUGAAGAGCGGCUGCACUGGAUGAGCAACCCCUGCCGCAUCCUCUACUUUUCGCAGGAGAUUGUCGUGUUCCGCGACGAUGUCAUGAGCAAGAUGCUGCGCAGCGCCGUGCGCCUCAAGCACGAGAUCAGCGAGGGCGACUUGCAGAAAUUCCUUGUCUCGACGCUGCUGGACCAAGCGCAUCUGUGUCCCCUCCCCCAGCCGGUGCGCCCCGUGCUGUGGGAGUACGCCAAUGCCCUGCGCCUAUACCCGAUGCCCAGUGCGCUCGUGCUUGCGGAUCGCUACGAACGGCAGAACGCAGGUGUGUAUGGCUGA